CAUCCUGGUAUUUGCCUUCAUCCUGGUCACUGCGAAGUCCCCGUACCCAAAACAGGAAGCUGAGCAUGAACACAGGCGAUGUCCCGGCCACUGUGACACUUGAAUCCGUCAAUUCUGUCACAUUUACCCAGGACACUGAUGGAAACAUCAUACUGCACUGUCCUCAAAAUGAUGGGGAGGACCUGGGUUCAGACGAGACCACUGAACCGGUUCACAAACGAAUACGAUUGUCCAGUGAGGAUGGAGAAGACCCUCAGGACUCUGCUUCGACUGAGUACUCUGUUGUCACCCUGCCAAUUACAGAUGGAGAUGAAAGCUUCGAGGUGACAAUGACUGCGACAGAGAUGAGAGACGAGGAGCUGGAAUCAGAUGAUCUUUCUGAAACAACAGGUAAGGAUUCAUCUGCACAGAAGAAAGGUGAAGAUGUAUCAGCUGUCAGUCAAGCUUGGUUCACCACAAAGGAGGAUAAAGACACACUGGUCAAUAAGGGUCACAAAUGGAAACAGGGUAUGUGGUCAAAAGAAGAGAUUGAUCUCCUGAUGACCAACAUAGAGCUUUAUCUUAAGAACCGAGGGAUUCAAGACCCUGCGGAGAUCAUCUUCGAGAUGUCCAAAGAGGAGAGAAAGGAUUUUUACCGCAGUAUAGCCUGUGGUUUGAACAGGCCGCUGUUUGCUGUAUACAGACGUGUGUUGCGAAUGUACGAUAACCGCAACCACGUAGGCAAAUACACUGAUGAGGAGAUCAAAAAACUGAAAGAACUAAGGCAGAAACAUGGAAAUGACUGGGCCACCAUUGGGUCAGCUCUUGGCCGCAGCGCAUCGUCUGUAAAGGAUCGCUGCAGACUCAUGAAAGACACAUGCAACACCGGGAAGUGGACGGAGGAGGAGGAGAGGCGAUUGGCAGAGGUGGUGCACGAGUUGACGGGCACAGAGGCGGGUGAUGUUGUAACUCAGGGAGUCUCCUGGGCGUCAGUGGCUGAACUUGUCGGCACUCGCUCAGAGAAACAGUGCCGCUCUAAAUGGCUCAACUACCUGAACUGGAAACAGAGCGGAGGCACAGAGUGGACCAAAGAAGAUGACAUCAACCUUGUUCGCAGGAUAGCAGAGCUGGAAGUGGAGGAUGAAAAUGAGAUCAACUGGGAUAUUCUGGCUAGUGGAUGGAGCAGCGUUCGCUCGCCCCAGUGGCUGCGGAGCAAAUGGUGGACCAUCAAAAGACAAGUGGCCAAUCACAAGGAACUUCCCUUUCCUGUGUUGCUGAAAGGGCUGCAGGAUGUUGUGGAGGCACCGCCGUCUACCAUGAACAAGGUGGUGGUGGUCGGUUCAAGAUCUGCUAAUGCUUCGCCCAGUCCUGUCACCGCUCUGCAGAUCCCGGUCCAGAUCCCAGUGCAGAUCACACACGUCUCUUCUUCAGAUGGUUCGAGUGGUACUUCAGACAGUGAAACGAUCACAUUGAACUCCGGAGCUUUACAGACCUUUGAAUUACUGCCUUCAUUUCACCUGCAGCCCACCGGCACCCCUGGAACAUAUUUCCUCCAAACAGGAACCAAUCAGAGCCUGCCACUCACGCUGUCAGCCAAUCCCACAGUCACGCUCACAGCUGCCGCUUCACCAUCUUCACCAGACCAAAUCAUCCUACACAGCCUCACGACUGACACAGAGAAUGUGACCGUUCAGAUGUCUCACCCCGGCAUCAUCAUCCAGACAGUGACAUCAGAGGACCUGGCAGACCCUCUUGGCCAAUCAGAGCUUGAGGGAGAGCAGGUGCUGGUGAAGGAGGAGCCUUCAGAAAACCAAACCAACCCUGCAAUAGAGGAGCCCAGUGAGGAGCAGUCAAAACAAGGAGAAAAGACUCUGGACUCUUCUAAAGUCGUGGAGACUGUGCUCAUGGUCCCGUCUCCAGGUAGCUUUAUUCCCACUAACGAGGACAUCGGCAGCGAUUCGGUCCUGCCUCUUGGAACACUGACAGAUCCCAUUCUGGAGAACCAGGAAGACGGAUCAAACUGAUCCUGGAGCAACAUUGUAACCCAGACAGAAAUUCAACACAACAGCAACACGAGACACUGACUUUAGAGAACCCGUUCCCUUAUACAGGGACAAAUGCAGCAUGCAGGAUCAUCCAGUCAUCAUGUGUGCGCACAUGCCAACACUUUCUCAGUAUUUAUUAUUAAUCAUGCAAGUUUCUGAGCCUCUCAGUGCAGAUGAAAGGGAUAGUUCACACAAAAAGCAAACAUUUACUCCCCAUUUACUCACCCUGAUUUGGUUUUAAACCUUUAUGAGUUCCUUCUUUCUGUUGAACACAAAAGAAGACGUUUUGAAGAAAGUUGUAAACCGGUAACUAUUGACUUCAAUAAUAUAUAUAUACAUAUUUUGAAUGAACUAUCCCUUUAAAUACUCUAAUGAAGCAACACUUGCUUUUAUAUGGUGUAUUAAAAUGAUGUAAUACGUUAAUGUUGUUUUUUUGUGUGUAUAUAUAUAUCUUGUUUUGAAUAGUUUUUGUAGCCUAUGUUUCUGCUUAACAGUAAUACUUGAUAAAGCCACACAAAGCUGCACUGUUCUGACUUUACAGAGGUUGUACAACAAUAUUUGCAUCAUUCCAUAAUGUCCAUUAGACUAGAUGGCCAUGAUUUAUCAAAUGGUUUGAAUAUAUUAACCUAACCUGUAUAUUAGCGCCUCGGUGUUUAUUUAUUGAAUAAACAAAAUGUCACCACUGA